AUGUCGUCGUUGUCGUCUUCGUCUUCGUCCUCCUCUUCCGAAGCAAAAUGGCGGUUCGACGUUUUCAUUAACUUCAGAGGCGAGGACGUCCGCUCCGGCUUCGUCGCUGACCUCCACAGGUGUCUGUCUCAUGGAGGCAUCAACGCCUACAUCGACAGCGAGGACUUGAGGCGCGGGGACGAGAUCUCGCCCGCCCUCAUGAAGGCCAUCGAGGAGUCGCGGAUCGCCGUGCUCGUCUUCUCCGAGGACUACGCUUCAUCUAGGUCGUGCUUGGACGUGCUGGUCAAGGUAAUGCAGUGUAAGAGGCUCAAGGGACAGCGGAUACUGCCCGUGUUCUACAAAGUGGAGCCCAGGGUGAUUCGACGGCAGCGAGAGAGUUAUGGCCAGGCAUUGGCCAGCCACGAGAAGGAAUUGGGACAGGAUUCUGAGAGGGUGGAGAAAUGGAGGCAAGCCCUAAUUGAAGCCGGCAAUUUGUCCGGUUGGCAUUAUGACCAUGGAGAUGAUACCAAGUUCAUUGUGGGCAUCGUCAAAGAGAUCUCGGCUAUAGUAGGGCGUGUACCCUUAAGUGUUGCCAAGUAUCCCGUUGGUGUAGGUCGCCGGGUAGAAAAAGUAAUGUCGUUGUUGAGUAUGGGCUCGAAUGAUGUUCGGAUGAUAGGAAUAUGGGGAACUGGAGGUGUAGGGAAGACCACUAUCUCUAAAGAUGUCUAUAACAGUAUUAACAGUCAGUUUGAUGGGUGCAUCUUUCUUGCGAAUGUUAGAGAAAUUUCCAGUAGACGAGACGGCCUAGUUCAUUUGCAGAAAAAAUUGUUAUCCGAGAUAGGAAAGCAAAUUUAG